UCUACUCCUAUCUUUUUUUGAAUGAUAAUCUACUCCUAUCAAAUUCAAGUUUCCACGAUAUUGCGAUCAUUAAACGUGAUGUAAAAUGUGACAUAUACAUCUUAUUUAAAUUGCUAGUUUUUGCGACUUCGGAAAACAAAAAAUGUCUUCCUUAACCUUUGUUGUGCUGUUACUAAUACUGAUAUUCUCGUAUAACAAAGUGUAUGGUGAUGAACACCAAGACUCAUGUUCUCGAUGGUGCGGUGUUCAUAACAUCAGGUCUCCUUUCCGCUUGAAAGACAGUCCUAAAGAAUGUGGCGACGAAAGGUACAACCUAUCAUGUGAGGACAACAAUCAAUUGAUUUUGUACCAUGAUUCAUUUGGAAAAUACUAUGUACAAUCAAUUAAUUACAACAACUUCACCAUACGACUAUUGGAUUUCAAUCUUGCUUCUUCUAAUAAUUUCAUCCCUCCUUAUUAUUCUUUAGGGCUUUAUAAUUUCAGUUCUAAUUCCAUCGUCUCACCCUACCUAGCCUUUAGAUACUACAAAAACAAUACUCUUAAUGUAUUGACGAAAUCUAUGUUAUAUAUGAGUUGUCCAAAUCGGAUGGAAUACUCAUACAUUGGUAAUUGUAUGAAUAGAACUUCAAAUUCACAGGAUGUGAAUUCUUUCUAUGUUGGUAGCUAUGGUAAAUCUCUGUCGGAAUUCGGGCUGGGAGAUGGGUGUCGUAUACAGUUUAUGUAUCUCACUUCUUUGGAUGUUGAAGAUGAUGGUGCUGAUCACAACAACAACAACAUUUCUUGCGCGGAUAUCCGUCGUGAGAUGUUUUAUGGAUUUGAACUUUCUUGGCUCAACAGUUUUUGUAAAUUAGAUGUUUCGUAUGCGUAUGCGGAGCUCGAUCAAAAUAACCAGGCUCACUGUAAUUAUGCUUACUGGAAUAAUGUGGCUUGGAUAGUUGCAUGUUUAUCGAGUCGCACAGUUGCAUUGGUUGUUUUUCUUAGCGGUGUUAAAUUUGUUCUUGGAGCGCCAUUGAUCAUUGCACUAGUAAUCUACAAAUGGCGACGGAAACAUCUAUCAAUGUAUGAUGGCAUCGAAGAUUUUCUACGUAGUGACAAUAGCAUCAUGCCUAUUAGGUAUUCUUACAAAGACAUAAAAAGGAUAACUGAACAAUUCAAGACAAAACUAGGCAAUGGAGGUUAUGGAUCCGUUUUUAAAGGACAACUUCGAAGUGGUCGUCUGGUAGCAGUCAAAUUAUUGGAUAGAGCCAAGUCCAACGAUCGAGAUUUUGUCAAUGAAGUUGCUACCAUUGGUAGGAUCCACCAUGUUAAUGUGGUACAACUCAUUGGUUUUUGUGUGGAAGGUUCAAAACGUGUUCUGAUAUAUGAAUUUAUGCCAAAUGGAUCACUCGAAAAAUACAUAUUUUCUCAUAAUGAAGAAAAUUAUUCCUUGAGUUGCGAACAAUUGUAUUCAAUUUCUCUUGGAGUGGCUCGAGGCAUUGAGUACUUGCAUAAUGGAUGCGAUAUGAAAAUUCUACACUUUGACAUAAAGCCUCAUAACAUCCUUCUUGAUGAGAAUUUCAACCCAAAAGUUUCUGAUUUUGGACUAGCUAGACUUUGUCCUACAGAUAAAAGCAUUGUCACAUUAACUGCAGCAAGAGGAACCAUUGGAUAUAUGGCCCCUGAACUAUUCUACCGAAAUGUCGGCACAAUAUCUUACAAAGCUGAUGUUUAUAGUUUUGGGAUGUUGUUGAUGGAGAUGGCAAAUAGAAGGAAGAACUUGAAUGCAUUGGCUGAUCAAUCAAGCCAGAUUUAUUUCCCUUUUUGGGUUUAUGAUCAGUUACAAGAUGGAAGGGAAAUGACAAUUCUGAAUGAUACAAAUCAUGAAAUGAAAUUGGCAAAGAAAAUGAUGAUAGUGGCUUUGUGGUGUAUUCAGGCGAAACCUAGUGAUCGUCCUCCAAUGGAUAAAGUGUUGGAGAUGCUUGAAGAAGAAGAUGAAGAUUUGCAAAUGCCUAAUAAGCCUGACUAUUAUGUACAAGAUGAGGAUACUAGAGAUGAUAGAACUGGUAGUUCAUGGUAUUCCUCUGGUACAUCAGUAACUGAUACCAAGUAACCAAUUUGAUCUCAUUUGGUCAACAUAUGUGAGUCACACAUCAUUUGCAUCUAACUUUUUUGUUCCAAGCAAUGAAUAUGUAUUUAUAGAUAUAUAAAUAUUACUCAUAUGUACCCACACAUAUUCUUGGAUAAAAGUGAUUAUUUUCUCUA